AUGACCUUGUGCGAUCUAUGCAAGGGCAUACCCUGGGAAACACUUCCUUCAGUCCCACCGGAUCUCGACAGUGAAUUAAGCGGGCAUCCAUACCUCCAACCAUUCCACCGAUGGCCUGAAGAUAUUAGAGGCUACUCUCAUCAUCAAAGCCUCGAAGCCUUGCGAGAUUCCGCAACAGUGUUAGACUGUCAUCUCUGCCGCCUGAUUCUUAAGCAAGUACAAUCAUGCCAGUCAGAGCUGGAAGAGCUGAAGCCGAAAUGGGAAGCCGAUACGAUGACCCGGUACGACUGGCCAUUAUGGGAACUUUGGAUUGUGAAGCGAGAGAACGGGGGAGAUGGAUUUUGGGUUAUGAGUUUGACGGAUGGAGCAGAGAAAAAAGAGGUGAGGCUGGUGGCGGCGAUUGGACUUUGUGUGAGAGAUGGUGACCCGCUUGAGUCGAUCAUUCGCGGCCGACCAGUCGAACAACACGGAGGAACUUUGACGGCAAUCUCAAGAGCCCGCAAAUGGCUGAAGGAGUGCAACGAGCAUCCUGGCUGCAGUCCUGGCGAGACACGAUUGCCAUCUCGCGUCAUCGACGUGGGUGUCGACACUAACAGUCCUCACGUAAGGCUCCGCGAGACCGAGACACAUGAAUGUGGAAAAUAUAUAUGCUUGAGCUAUUGCUGGGGUAAUGAGCAGGCAUGCACUACCACUCAAGCCACGAUUGCAGAUCGAAAGCGCCAAAUCAUAAUAUCCGACCUACCCAAGACGCACCAAGAUGCUAUUAAACUGGCACGAGAACUAGGAGUGAGAUAUCUGUGGAUAGACAGCAUCUGCAUAUGUCAAGAUGACCACGAGAAUUGGGAGCGGGAAUCGGCCAAGAUGCUGUCCAUCUACUGCAAUGCGUAUCUGACCGUCGCUGCUUCGAGAGCCAAGGACAGCUCUGAAGGACUUUUUGGAGAGAGGCCGACUAGGGAAUACGUUGAGCUCGGGUACACAUCUGGUGACCUACGAGGGCAAGCUUUGGCGUUUAAUCUACCCCUCCACGAAGAAGCCAUCUCCAGCGACUACCUAUCUAUGCCGGAUGAGCCACUCUCGGAUCGCGCCUGGGGUCUACAGGAACGUGUUCUGUCACGUCGGAUGCUUCUUUAUGGCACUCAGCAACUGUUUUUUGAAUGCAACGAGGGAUUUCGAGGGGAAGAUGGUCUGUCCCUCAAAGACCGAUUCCAGAGUGUGCACGAGAAGUUGGAAGAAGAGUCCGAGGGAAUGGAACAACACCGAAACGAGGCCAAUUGUGAUGACGAAAAGAUUUCCAACAAUAAAGCGGCAUUGCUGGGAUCAUGGUACAGCCUUCUCUGGUUAUACGGACCGCGGAAACUCACAAACGCCUCCGAUAAACUCCCUGCUAUGUCUGGUCUUGCUAGCGUCUUUGCAAAACGGCUUGACGACGAAUACGUGGCUGGUCUUUGGCGCUCCCACCUCAUAGAAGGACUUCUAUGGCAAGGGUUGGGAUGCAGACGAGUGCAAAAGUACAGAUCGCCUUCCUGGUCAUGGGCUUCCAUGGAUGGAAUUCCCGGUCUAGGCGUCGAACAGGAUUACGAUACCUUGGCCAAGGUCCUGGACGUCAAGGUGGAUCUUAAAGGCGUAAAUCCUUACGGCGAGGUCACCGACGCAAGGAUCAAGAUACGGGCGCCAAUGGAACGUCUCUAUCUUGCUAUCGAGGACUGGGACCCUAAUAGAGCAGGCUUCCCUUAUGACAACAAUCCGAAAGUGCGUACGGCAAACGGCAAACCUGAGGGUACCCACUCCCGCUUUGACUUUGACUUCACAGCUGAAGAUGCUCCGCAGGAGGCGCUGAAGAUUGUGAAGAGUUUAGAGGGGGUGGAGAUUUUUGCUUUGAUCUUGUUGAAGGUGACGGAGGAGAGUUACGAUGAUCAAUACCAGGCUUUGAUUGUUUCAAAGGUGAAGGGGGGCGAGGAAUAUCAGAGGCUAGGGUUUAUUUUCCUUGAUGAGGAGAUGUUGGGACGAAGACCGGAGGAGCAGACUGAGGAGGAAGCGCCUAUAGUUACGCUUGUGUAA